AUGGUUAACACACGCCCACCCAAGAUUGAUGAGUUGUUGAAAAUUGAUCCUUACUUGCACGAUUUUCAAGAUGAGAUCUCUAGAAGAUAUGGAGUAUUUCUUGAUUAUCAGCACCGAAUUGACGAAUGUGGUGGUAUGGAAGCAUUCACAACUUCUUAUAAAGAGUUUGGAUUGAAUGUUCAGCCGGAUAAUUCUGUGAAGGGACUCGAAUGGGCUCCAGCUGCAGAAAAGUUGGCGCUGAUCGGAGAUUUCAAUAACUGGGAUCAGAAUGCUAAUGUCUAUAAGAAAGAAGAACAUGGCAAGUGGAGUUUGACAGUCCCUGCCAGCAGUGAUGGAUCGUGCGCCAUCCCCCACAACUCCGUCAUAAAAAUCGCAGUCUCUCGGAAUGGUCAGACUCAUUUCAAACUGAGUCCAUGGGCCACAUAUGUGACUUGUCCAAACCCAAAAGAGACUGUUAUCUAUCACCAAAAUUUCUGGAAUCCAUCUGAAAAGUAUCAGCUGAAAGAGAAACGACCAGCUCGUCCUGCAUCUCUCAGAAUCUACGAAGCUCAUGUUGGAAUUAGUAGUUAUGAAGGGAAAAUCAACACCUACCGUGCGUUUGCUGACGAUGUUCUGCCUAGAAUCAAAAAUCAAGGUUAUAACGCUAUUCAAUUGAUGGCUGUUAUGGAGCACGUGUAUUAUGCAUCUUUCGGAUAUCAAGUCUCUAAUUUCUUUGCGGUCUCCAGUCGUUGUGGCACACCAGAAGAUCUGAAAUAUUUGGUCGAUAAGGCUCAUUCUUUGGGAAUUUUCAUGCUUCUUGAUGUGGUCCAUUCACAUGCAUCAAAAAACGUGGAGGAUGGUCUUAACCAAUGGGACGGGUCGAAUGGCGGAUAUUUUCAUGACAAUGCCCGUGGAUUCCAUAAUCUUUGGGACUCCAGAUUGUUCGAUUAUACGCAGAUCGAGACUCUACGUCUCUUGCUUUCCAACGUUCGUUGGUGGGUAGAAGAGUACGGUUUCGAUGGUUUCCGAUUCGACGGAGUUACAUCAAUGAUCUAUCAUAGCCAUGGAAUGAAUGAUUCUUUCUCUGGCGGAUAUCCAAUGUACUUUGGUCUCAAUGCGGACACUGACUCUCUGGUUUACUUGAUGUUGGCUAAUGAUUUCCUUCAUAAAAAGUACCCCUUCAUGGUCACAAUUGCGGAGGAAGUUUCUGGCAUGCCUGGAAUUUGUCGUCCCGUUGAAGAAGGCGGGCAAGGAUUCGAUUAUCGCUUGGCCAUGGCUCUUCCUGAUAUGUGGAUUAAAAUCUUGAAGCACACAUCAGACGAAGACUGGAAAAUUAACGAUAUUGUUUUCAAUUUGGAAAAUAGACGUUAUGCAGAGAAACAUGUUGCCUACGCCGAGUCUCAUGAUCAAGCUUUGGUAGGAGACAAAACUAUAGCAUUUUGGUUGAUGGAUAAGGAGAUGUACGAUUUUAUGUCGACCGACUCCCCACUCACUCCAAUUAUUGAAAGAGGAUUAUCUCUUCACAAGCUGAUUCGUCUUAUCACCCUUGGAUUAGGAGGCGAAGCAUGGCUCAACUUCAUUGGUAACGAGUUUGGACAUCCCGAAUGGCUGGACUUCCCACGUGUCGGAAACGGCGAAUCAUUCCAUUAUGCUCGUCGUCAGUUCAAUCUCGUUGACGCAGAAUAUCUUCGAUACAAGUUUUUGAACAACUGGGACCGUGAGAUGAUGCAACUUGAAGAGCGUACAGGUUUCCUUCACAAAGGAUAUGCAUACACUUCGUGGAAGCAUGACGGAGACAAAGUUGUUGUUUUCGAGAGAGGAGGUUUGGUCUUCGUGAUCAAUUUGCACCCUAAUAAGAGCUUUGCCGAUUACUCCAUCGGUGUCAACAAUCCUGGAAGUUACCAUAUCGCUCUGAACUCAGACGAUGCUCAGUUUGGUGGCCACAGCCGUGUGAACAACGAUACCAAGUUUCACACUUUCGACGAUGGCUAUGCUGGAAGACGUCAUCGUCUUCAGGUCUACAUUCCAUGCCGCUCCGCUAUUGUUCUCGAAAAGGACGAGGAGUAG